GCCCAGGAUGGCGGCCCAGGUGACGCUGGAGGAUGCGCUGUCCAACGUGGACCUCCUGGAGGAGCUGCCCCUGCCCGACCAGCAGCCCUGCAUCGAGCCCCCACCAUCCUCAUUGCUGUACCAGCCGAAUUUCAACACUAACUUUGAAGACAGAAAUGCAUUUGUCACUGGCAUCGCAAGAUACAUUGAGCAAGCCACCGUCCAUUCAAGCAUGAAUGAGAUGCUAGAGGAGGGCCAAGAGUAUGCGGUCAUGCUGUACACCUGGAGGAGCUGCUCCCGGGCCAUCCCGCAGGUGAAAUGUAACGAGCAGCCUAACAGAGUGGAAAUUUAUGAGAAAACCGUGGAGGUCCUUGAGCCUGAGGUCACGAAACUGAUGAAUUUUAUGUACUUCCAGAGGAACGCCAUUGAGCGCUUCUGUGGGGAGGUGAGGCGCCUGUGCCACGCUGAGAGAAGGAAGGACUUCGUGUCGGAAGCCUACCUGAUCACACUGGGCAAGUUCAUCAACAUGUUUGCUGUGCUGGACGAGCUGAAGAACAUGAAGUGCAGCGUGAAGAACGACCACUCGGCGUAUAAGAGGGCUGCCCAGUUUUUACGUAAAAUGGCAGAUCCACAGUCCAUCCAGGAGUCUCAGAACCUGUCCAUGUUCCUGGCCAACCACAACAAGAUCACUCAGUCUCUGCAGCAGCAGCUUGAAGUGAUUUCUGGCUACGAGGAACUCCUGGCAGACAUUGUGAAUCUGUGCGUGGAUUACUAUGAGAACAGGAUGUAUUUGACGCCCAGCGAGAAACACAUGCUUCUCAAAGUCAUGGGAUUUGGUCUGUACCUGAUGGAUGGGAGUGUCAGCAACAUCUAUAAACUAGACGCCAAGAAAAGAAUAAACUUAUCCAAAAUUGACAAGUACUUCAAGCAACUCCAGGUGGUUCCGCUAUUUGGGGACAUGCAAAUAGAACUGGCACGAUACAUCAAGACCAGCGCCCACUAUGAGGAAAAUAAGUCUCGGUGGACGUGUACGUCUUCGAGCAGUAGCCCUCAGUACAACAUCUGUGAGCAAAUGAUCCAGAUCCGCGAGGACCACAUGCGUUUCAUCUCGGAGCUGGCCCGCUAUAGCAACAGCGAGGUGGUCACUGGGUCAGGCCGCCAGGAGGCCCAGAAGACAGAUGGCGAGUACCGCAAGCUGUUUGACCUGGCUCUGCAGGGCCUGCAGCUGCUGUCGCAGUGGAGUGCGCACGUGAUGGAAGUGUACUCGUGGAAGCUGGUGCACCCCACCGACAAGUACUCCAACAAGGACUGCCCCGACAAUGCGGAAGAAUAUGAGCGUGCCACACGCUACAACUAUACCAGUGAGGAGAAGUUCGCCCUGGUGGAGGUGAUUGCCAUGAUCAAAGGCCUGCAGGUGCUAAUGGGCAGGAUGGAGAGUGUGUUCAACCAUGCCAUCCGGCACACCGUCUACGCCGCACUGCAGGACUUCUCCCAGGUGACCCUCAGGGAGCCCCUGCGACAGGCCAUCAAGAAAAAGAAGAACGUCAUCCAGAGUGUCCUGCAGGCCAUCAGGAAGACCGUGUGUGACUGGGAGACAGGGCAUGAGCCCUUCAAUGACCCAGCACUGCGGGGUGAGAAGGACCCCAAGAGCGGCUUCGACAUUAAAGUGCCACGGCGCGCCGUGGGACCCUCUAGCACACAGCUCUACCUGGUGCGCACCAUGGCCGAGUCCUUGAGCUCUGCCGAGCUGCUCCGGCAGCUCAAGUCUCUGGGCAUGGAAAGGCUCUUGCAUGUGGUAAACGCAUUUCUCAGGCAGUCGUACGCCUACCCGCCUCUGUUAGCCUUUGGUGCUUUACAUGGUGAGAACCAUGCUAGAGUCCCUCAUUGCAGACAAAAGUGGUUCCAAGAAAACCCUGAGAAGUAGCCUUGAGGGGCCCACCAUAUUGGACAUAGAAAAAUUUCAUCGAGAGUCAUUCUUCUACACUCACUUGAUAAAUUUCAGUGAAACACUGCAGCAGUGCUGUGACCUGUCACAGCUGUGGUUCCGAGAGUUCUUCUUGGAGCUGACCAUGGGCAGGAGGAUUCAGUUCCCCAUUGAGAUGUCGAUGCCGUGGAUCCUGACAGAUCACAUCCUGGAGACCAAGGAGGCAUCAAUGAUGGAGUAUGUCCUCUACUCCCUGGACCUGUACAACGACAGCGCCCACUACGCACUCACCAGGUUCAAUAAGCAGUUCCUCUACGACGAAAUUGAGGCCGAGGUGAAUCUAUGUUUUGACCAAUUUGUUUACAAGCUAGCAGACCAGAUAUUUGCAUAUUAUAAGGUUAUGGCAGGAAGUUUGCUUCUCGAUAAACGGUUACGCUCAGAAUGCAAGAAUCAGGGUGCCACGAUCCACCUGCCACCAUCCAACCGCUAUGAGACACUGCUGAAGCAGAGGCAUGUGCAGCUCCUCGGCAGGUCCAUAGACCUCAACCGUCUGAUUACCCAGCGUGUCUCCGCAGCCAUGUAUAAGUCUCUGGAACUGGCAAUUGGGCGAUUUGAAAGUGAAGACUUGACAUCCAUAGUUGAGCUGGACGGCCUCUUGGAAAUCAAUCGCAUGACUCACAGGCUGCUGAGCCGCUACCUGACGCUGGACAGCUUUGAUGCCAUGUUCCGUGAGGCCAACCACAAUGUGUCGGCGCCCUACGGGCGGAUCACACUCCAUGUCUUCUGGGAGCUCAACUACGACUUCCUGCCCAAUUACUGCUACAAUGGCUCCACCAACCGGUUUGUCCGGACAGUAUUACCGUUUUCUCAGGAAUUUCAAAGAGAUAAGCAGCCCAAUGCACAGCCCCAGUAUUUGCAUGGAUCCAAGGCUUUGAACCUAGCCUACUCCAGCAUUUAUGGCAGUUAUAGAAACUUUGUGGGGCCUCCGCACUUUCAAGUCAUCUGCCGGCUGCUAGGCUACCAGGGCAUUGCCGUGGUCAUGGAGGAGCUGCUGAAGGUUGUCAAGAGCCUGCUACAAGGCACCAUCCUGCAGUACGUGAAGACACUUAUGGAGGUGAUGCCCAAGAUCUGCCGCCUGCCCCGUCAUGAGUACGGCUCUCCUGGCAUCCUGGAGUUUUUCCACCACCAGCUGAAGGACAUCGUGGAAUAUGCGGAGCUGAAGACUGUGUGCUUCCAGAACCUGCGUGAGGUGGGCAAUGCCGUGCUCUUCUGCCUGCUCAUCGAGCAGAGCCUGUCUUUAGAGGAGGUGUGUGACCUGUUGCACGCAGCACCCUUCCAGAAUAUCUUGCCACGAGUCCAUGUGAAAGAGGGGGAGAGGCUUGAUGCCAAAAUGAAGAGGCUAGAAUCAAAGUACGCCCCGCUGCACCUCGUCCCGCUGAUUGAAAGACUGGGGACCCCUCAGCAGAUCGCCAUUGCGCGAGAAGGGGACUUGCUGACGAAGGAGCGUCUCUGCUGUGGCCUGUCGAUGUUUGAAGUCAUCCUGGCCCGGAUCAGGACCUUUCUGGAUGACCCCAUCUGGCGGGGGCCUCUGCCCAGCAACGGGGUCAUGCAUGUGGAUGAGUGUGUCGAGUUCCACAGACUGUGGAGUGCCAUGCAGUUUGUCUACUGCAUUCCUGUGGGAACACACGAGUUCACAGUCGAGCAGUGCUUUGGCGAUGGGCUCCACUGGGCUGGCUGUAUGAUCAUCGUGCUUCUUGGGCAACAGCGGCGCUUUGCUGUUCUGGAUUUCUGCUACCAUCUACUUAAAGUUCAGAAACAUGAUGGCAAAGAUGAGAUUAUCAAAAAUGUGCCUUUAAAGAAGAUGGUGGAGAGAAUUCGCAAGUUCCAGAUUCUCAAUGACGAGAUCAUCACCAUCCUGGACAAGUACCUGAAGUCAGGUGAUGGGGAGAGCUCACCAGUGGAGCAUGUGCGCUGCUUCCAGCCACCCAUCCACCAGUCACUGGCUAGCAGCUAAGAGUGUACACAGUAAUGGCAUGUCUUUUCUUUCUGUAAACUCCUUAGUGAGAUUUUUAGGGACCAUUUUUCAGUAUUUCUGUACCUGUUGAAGGGGGUGCUUUUCAAUCUAAAGGUUAAUUUUAUAAAAUUGACUUAUUUUUCUAGACUACAAUUGUAUAUGCUUUUGGUAAUUAUAAGUCUGAGAAUACUGGCUGCUGAUUGUUGCCACUAUGUUCUUACAAAAUUAUUCUUUUUCUAUGGAAUGUUCUAGCAGCUCACUGUCAUAAAAUGCUGCUGGGCUUAUUCAUUUAUCCCUUAAGAAACUUAAUAUCAGAAAAUUGUACUAAAUCCUUUACCAAUUACUGUUAAGUUUAAUGACUAACUACUUAGCUUUUGUUUAGGGAUCUUUCCGAUGGUCUUUUAUGAACAAUCUUUUCUAAGUCAUAGUUCCCAUCCUGUUUUUGUGUCAGCAUUUUGGAAAAUAGUGAACUUGACUAAAUCCAGUGUGAUAAAGUCUAAUCUGUGAGGUAUGGUUGAAAGGUUAUAGAAAUAAAACCAAUGAAAUUGA